GAAAGCAAGCCACUAGCCAAGCCUAACCCAAGUUCAACAUGGAGGCUGCGCUGGCGAGUUAUCGCCGGCUGGUAAAGUUGAAACUAUUCUCGUGAUCCAAUUUUUAGACUCGAAACACACUUAGUAAAAGCUCGCCCCAAGCUGACACUCUGAGCCGCGCGCGCUCAACAUGUCGCAGCACCGAGCGCUGUCGGUCGUCCGCGGCGCGUUCGGCUUCAACCUCCAGAAGUGGAAUACUUCGCCGCGCCUCAAAGCUUGCCACCAUCGAUACCACACGCUAGGUCCGCACUCCAGACACCGUCUCAAACUCUACGCCGCCACGACGAACCUCCAGAGCGCGCGAAACGUCGCGCUAGUGGCCAGGAUCCUUCGCGGUGUGCUCAAGGUGCGAUAUAUCGUCCUCGGCUCGGCCGUCGCUGGAGGAGCGCACGUCUCCAAGAAGUACGAGGAGUUUAAGGACAACCUGCCGGACUUCGGAUGGAUCAAGGACGUGCUGCCCGACCAGGACAGCAUGGACAGGUUCCGCGCUUCCCUGGCCGACAUGAAGGACAAGUUGGGCAUUCCCGAGAAAGGCCUGUUCAGGACCGGUGCUAACAAGGCUGCCAGCGGUCUCGCCAGCAUCGCCGACUGGCUGCACAGUGUCAAGUUCGAGAGCUCGCCCAGCGUCAUGCGCAACGGCUUGGACGACUUCGCCACCGCCCUGGCCGUCGCGCCGAUCUUCUCGUCGCAACAGCAGGAAGAGGAGCGCCGCCAAAACGAGCGCGAGCGAAUGCAGAAGCUUCAGGACGAGCUUAUUCAGGUGCAGAUGAAAUACCAGAAGGAGAUCGAGCGCCUGGAGAAGGAAAACCGGGAGCUGCGACGCCAGGUGAUGCUCAAGUCGGAGCAGGGAGUGAGUCGGCGCAAGAUAAAGAAGUCUCUCAUCGACCUCUACUCAGAGGUCUUGGAUGAGCUCAGUGAUUACGACUCCAGCUACAACGUCCAGGACCACCUUCCCCGUGUGGUUGUCGUCGGUGACCAAAGCGCAGGCAAGACGAGCGUGCUCGAAAUGGUGGCGCAGGCACGAAUAUUCCCACGUGGUGCAGGCGAAAUGAUGACCAGGGCGCCAGUCAAGGUAACACUCAGCGAAGGGCCAUACCACAUUGCCAAGUUUAAGGACAGUUCGCGAGAGUUCGACCUGACUAAAGAGACCGAGCUGUCAGACCUCCGAAGGGAGGUCGAAGUGCGGAUGAAGAACAGUGUUCGUGGUGGCAAAACCAUCAGCACUGACGUCAUCUCCAUGACCGUCAAAGGCCCUGGGCUGCAAAGGAUGGUCCUGGUUGACCUCCCAGGCAUCAUCAGUACGGCAACAACAGAGAUGGCUGAAGGCACCAAGGAUGCCAUCCGCGAGAUGACCAAUCUCUACAUGAGCAACCCUAAUGCCAUCAUUCUGUGCAUCCAGGAUGGCUCUGUAGAUGCUGAAAGAAGCAUAGUCACCGACCUCGUCAGCCAGGUAGAUCCUAAUGGCCGAAGAACCAUCUUUGUCCUCACCAAAGUAGACCUGGCCGAGCAGAACAUGGCAAACCCAACACGAAUUCGUAAGAUCCUUGAUGGAAAGCUUUUUCCCAUGAAAGCGCUUGGAUACUUUGCAGUUGUAACAGGUCGGGGCAGUGCUGAAGACAGCAUCACGGCAAUCAAGGCCUACGAGGAGGCCUUCUUCCGGAACUCCAAGCUGUGCCGAGAUGGUAUUCUGAACAUGUCACAGUGCACAACUCAGAGCUUGAGCUUUGCCGUGUCAGACUGCUUUUGGAAGAUGGUGCGGGAGUCAGUUGAGCAGCAGGCUGAUGCCUUCAAGGCGCAGCGAUUCAACUUGGAGACUGAGUGGAAAAACAGCUUUCCGAGGAUGCGGGAGCUGGACCGUGACGAGCUGUUUGAGCGAUCCCGCGGCGAGCUACUCGACGAAGUAGUCAACCUGAGCCAACUGAGUCCUAAGCACUGGGAGGAGGUGUUGUCACGGAACCUGUGGGACUGCAUGUCCGGCUACGUGGUUGACAGCAUCUUCUUGCCAGCAGCCCAAACCGGGAAUGCCGGAAACUUCAACACCGCUGUCGACAUCCGACUGAAACUUUGGGCCGAGCAGCUUCUGCCUUCACAGUCUGUCGAUGUAGGUUGGGAGACUCUACGGGAUGAGUUCAACGCACUCUUGCAAAAGCGGAAGGCGGCAAAGGACCACGACCCGCUAUUUGACCGUCUCAAGGAAGCUGUCGUCAAAGAGGUCCUCGACCGGCAUGUCUGGGAGGACAAGGCUGUGGACAUGCUGCGCAUGAUUCAGCUCAACGCCCUUGAGGAUCGUGUGGUGCAUGACAAGCAUCAGUGGGAUCAGGCAGUCCGGUUCCUGGAGACAACGCUCCAGCAGCGCUUGCACACGGCUGAAGUGAGGGUCCGCGACAUGGUCGGUCCCGGAGUCAAGGAGCAGUGGUUGUACUGGGCCUCGCCCACAGAAGAGCAGAGGCAGCGAGCCGUGGUCAAGGCCGAAUUGGAGCGACUCCUCAACCACGAGUUCCUCCAAAAGCACGGCCCUGCACUGACACAAGAGGAACUGACAACUGUCCGCAAGAACGUCCAGGCGCAAGAUGUCGAUGUCGACUACAAGUUCAUCCGGGACACGUGGGAUCCCCUGUACCGACUACAUUUCCUGCGUCGAUCUUUGGCCAAGGCCAACGAAUGCCGGAAGGGGUACUACCUCUACCACCAGGGCUUGGACUCGGACCUCGAGUGCCACGACGUGGUCCUGUUCUGGCGCGUGCAACGCAUGAUGCACACCACCGCAAACGUGCUUCGGCAGCAGGUGAUGAACCGCGAGGCCCGUCGGCUGGAGAAGGGCGUCAAGGAAGUGCUGGACGACUUCUCACAGGACAGCGAGAAGAAAGUGGAGCUCCUCAAGGGGCGCCGGGUGGAGCUUGCCGAAGAGCUGAAGAAAGUGCGCCACAUACAGGAGAAACUGGAAGAGUUUGUGAGUGCUCUAAAUGCGGAAAAAUGAGCUCGACGAAGGUUUUCGUUAGGAAGGACUGUUUCAGAUAUGUUUUGCAUUGCCGCUGGGCCUCUGGGGUUACAAAAUAGCUGCGUUAUACAGCAGUCGCCGGUUAUUUUCUAAACUUUUUUCAGUUAGUAGGCAUCAUUUUGCACCCGAAAAUGCACGAGUAGUUGCGCUAGUCAGUGAUAGUACGUGAGCCGAGACUCGGAUCUCCUCUGUGGAACUUAGGCUAACUUCCAGCCUCUUGUACUUAAAUAGGCUGGCUUGUAGCUGACACUUUCAAUCGUAACUGCGCCGUUAUGUUGCACUCGUUUAAUUUAUAUCGUUUUGUGAAGUUAGUAUUUUGCUUGCAGAAAUUAUUUGAUACUGUUGAACGACUAAAGCCUCCUUUACUUGCCUUCACAAAGCAAACUUGAAAUUUCUAAUAAUCAACACUCUACGGCGUUGCACAAGCACCGUUGAAGCUUUGAUACCGUCUGAAUAAAGCAUGUGCCUCUACACAAGCUGAAAAUGACAGUCUACAUGCCUCGGUAUGUAGCUCUCUGGCUUGUUGCGGAAAGGUAAAUACGACGUGUAGAUAAUAUAGAAUGAAUUGUGUACAUACUACUAGGUGAUUGAAUAUUGCCGCGAUUGUGGCUGCCUGCCUGUCGUGUAUCCUGCCCACCUGUGGAGAAUAAAAUGCAAAAUGGCA